AACCCUCUUAAAACAUUGGUCCACUUUUUCCCUUUUCUCUCUCUCUCAAAAACUCCACAGCUUUUCCCAUCUUUUCUGCUAAGAACCUAAAACAUCUCAACAUUAUUUCUAUUUCCCUUCACUUUUUCAACAUGAAUUAGGGUUUCACUUUCACCAAUUACCCCCAUUGUUGCUAUUUCCACCUCCACUACACCUUCUCCAUCUUCAUCACCAAAAUGACUAAGCAGUUUCUGUUACUAUCUCUCAUUCUUCACCUUCUCUCUGGAUCACUCUCAGUCUCAGCUCCACCAUCUACAUCUUCACCUGCAAAACUUUUUUCCGGGUUUCUCUCCAAUGCUGUCCCUGCUUUUACCAAAUGGGUCUGGUCUCUUAAAGCCACCACUAAAACUGGGGUUUUGAGCAAGUCAAUGAUGAAAUUUGAGAGUGGUUACAAUGUGGAGACUGUGUUUGAUGGAAGCAAGCUUGGAAUUGAGCCUUAUGCUGUUGAGGUUUUGCAUAAUGGGGAGCUUCUCAUUCUAGAUUCUGCUAAUAGUAACCUUUAUAGAAUCUCCUCAUCACUCUCUUUGUAUAGCAGACCAAAGCUGGUGGCUGGAUCAGCGGAAGGAUACUCUGGCCAUGUUGAUGGGAAGCUCAGGGAUGCUCGGAUGAACCACCCGAAAGGGAUAACUAUUGAUGACCGAGGAAAUAUUUAUGUUGCAGAUACUACAAAUAUGGCAAUUAGGAAAAUUAGCGAUUCAGGGGUCACAACAAUUGCUGGAGGAAAAUGGAGCCGUGGAGGGGGACAUGUUGAUGGACCAAGUGAAGAAGCUAAAUUUUCUGACGACUUCGAUGUGGUUUAUGUUGGAAGUAGUUGUUCCCUACUCGUUGUAGACAGAGGAAACCAAGCCAUCAGGGAGAUCCAACUCCACUUUGAUGAUUGCGCGUAUAGAUAUGGAAGUGAUUUCCCUCUUGGAAUCGCAAUGCUUGUUGGGGCUGGCUUCUUUGGCUAUAUGCUGGCACUGCUGCAGCGUAGGCUCGGUACAAUUGUAGAAUCUCAGGAUGCUCAGGUUCCGGUAACAGUAAUGCCUUCCGCUUCUCCAAGUACGUAUCAAAAGCCCUUGAAAUCCGUCCGGCCUCCUUUAAUUUCGUCAGAAUAUGAACCCGAAAAGCAGGAAGAAGGCUUCUUUGGAUCUCUUGGGAAGCUUCUUUCCAAUGCUGGUGCAUCAAUGGUGGAGAUAAUGGGAGGAUUAUUUCCUGUUUUCAGAAGAAGACCACAGAACUCACAAUACCAUAGAGAAACACUGAUCCAACAACCUCAGAAGCUAGUGAAUGAUUGGCCAGCACAGGAAAGUUUCGUGAUUCCUCGCGAAGAUGAACCACCGUCUAUUGACACCAGGGCCCCAACGCCUCAAAAAACCUAUCCUUUCAUGUCGAAAGAUGCAGAAAAAAUUAAACAAUUGCGGCAAAGUAAAGCAUUCUAUAGCGGGUGGGACGGAGAUCAGCCUCAGCCUCAUCAGCCUCAGCAGCAACAACAACUACAGCAACAAAAACACCAUCACCGCCAUCAGUACCAAUCAUCGGCCCCUCACACUUUCUACGAGCAGAGCAAUGAGACAACAAACGAGGUAGUUUUUGGAGCAGUGCAGGAACAAGAGGGGAAGAAGGAAUCUGUAAUCAUCACACCGGUUGAAUAUGGAGGCUCAUUGUACGAACAUCGCAAUAUUCGGCCUCGGAUGAGUUCCAUGGGUUAUACUUACACUCAUAACUACUGAGUAUAUAUAGUUAGCAAGUUUAGAACAAAAAUGAAGAUUCAAUCCAGCUUUGAUUUCGAGUAAGGAUUCGCGUAGGGAAGGAUAAAAUCAAGUGUAGUUAGAACAAUGAUUUCUCCUAAUGAUCAUAAUAUGGAUUCAAUCCAGCUUUUAUUCA